UGUGUUAAUUGUGUUGACAGUUGUCAAGAAAAAGUUACAUUUAAUAUACAGGGUGGGGCCUGUAACAAAGGCGAAUAAUUGAUUGCUAUUCUCCUUAUACUGAUCAACAUUCGUUCGGCGACUUUUAAAAAUAACUUGUAUUUUGAUUUUUAUCACCCUUGAAAGUUUUUUCUAAGAGGCCCCACUCUGUAAAUACAAAAUGGAGAAUACGAGGGAAAAAGUGUCAUGGAAGGCAUUUUUCAUCCAAUUGCUGGCGACUAUAUCAAUUGCCUUCCUGACUUCUCUCACUGGCUUCACCUACGCCUGGCCUUCGGGAGUGAUAGAAAAUUUUCGCUCAAACGAAACAGUCUUGUCACACCCCAUGUCCUCACUGGAAAUCUCACUGCUGGGCAGCCUUACUAAUGUGGGGGGGCUGGCGGCCACACCCUUCUGUGGGUAUGCUGUGAAUAAGUUUGGAAGGAAGUAUACGGCUAUGCUGUAUGGUCUGCCAUUUGUGCUCUCCUGGACGAUAAUCUCUCUCACCAACUACGUGCCUCUGAUCUUAGCAGCCAUGUGCGUAGCUGGCCUCGGCGCCGCCGGCCAAAUAGUCUCCGGAGUAUACGUGUCCGAAAUAGCCCAGGACUCCAUCCGAGGAGCCCUCACCUCAAGUGUGGUCACAGGGUUCUUCCUUGGCUUACUCUUCUCGUACAUCUUGGGAGGGUAUUUGACGUACAACCAAGUUGUUUACACGUUUUUGACACUGUCAGUGCUGUACAUUGUGUUGCUGACGUUCUUGAGGGAGUCGCCAGUUUUUUUGAUGCAGCAGGGUAAAGAAAAGGAAGCAGCCGAAGCGAUAGCGUUCUACAGACGCGUCCCAGUGACGUCUAAAGAGGUGGAGAUCGAGAUAACGAAAAUAAGAAUACAAUUGGAUCCGAGAAUAAACGAAGUGUUGCAGUGUGAGAAUGAGCCAGAUUUAACCAACACACUCUUGAAAGACAAGCCUCCAGUUCCAACUCCUCAAAAACCGGAAUCGGCAUGGCAGUUCUUACGAAAGUCCGAGUCCUCAAAGCGUGCACUAAUGGCUGUGCUUAUCGUCAUGGCAACGACCAUCUUGAUGGGAUCCAUUGUCAUCCAGGUGUAUGCGGAGGAGAUGUUCCGAAUGGCGGUGCCUUCGAUGCCACCUAACAUCUGUGCCAUCGUGUUAGCUGUCAUCUUCGUGUGCGCUUGCUUCGUGUGUUCUGCUGUGGUUGACAAACUUGGAAGAAAGAUGCUUUUGACAAGCACGUCAGCAGUUUCUGGGAUAUUCACACUACUGCUGGGAACACAGCUGGAGUGCGGCUGGGCGCCACACUGGGUCACAGCGCUCCUCAUCUACUUAUACUGUUUCAUCUAUACCAUCGGCGCAGCCUGUGUACCAUUCAUACUUACUGCUGAGGUUUUCCUGCCGGAGGUCCGCGGCCUCGGCAACACAUUGACCAUGGGUUGCAUGUGGAUCUUCAAUUUCAUCACUCUCAUGAUCUUCAAUCCACUAGUGGAGGUGCUGAGUCUCGGCAUCGUGUUCUGCGGGUUUUCAGCCACCUGCUUCCUCGGUGCUCUCUACAGCCACUACUGCCUGCCCGAGACUAAGGGACUACCGGCUGACGAGAUCCAGCUACUCUUCCUUAAAAAGAAAACGAAGAAUAAUAAAGUCUAGUGUUU